AGAGACUGACUGAGCGUGUUUGUGAGUGUAGUCUGAAUGCGAGCCGAUCCGCGGCUAGAACAGCAAAAUUAACGGGAACAGUUUUUCAUGUUAACAACAGCAAUAUGUGCCUUACGACCGCACCUGCUUUGAGCUACUCUAAAAACUAGGAUAUAAGGUGAGCUAGUCCUACCCCUCCCAGCCACGCCUGGCAUCUUCUCCCCGUCUCUCUCUUCGUCUGCCUCAUCCAUCUCUUUCCCCGGCAUUCUCCGCCAUGGCGCUCCUCUCCACCUCUCUAUCUGCCUCCGUCCCCUUCCUCCUCUUCCUCCUCCUCCCCCUUCCUUCGCCCUGCGCCCUGGAGUCUCUACGAGGAGGAGGAGGAGUAGGAGAGGAAGAGAACCGCUCCAUCUCCACCAUGUCCUAUCCCUCCAUGUCUCCGGAGUUCUGGAGCAACAGCAGCACGGGGCUGGGCAGCAGUUCAAAGUGUUCGCAGCCGGUGGUGUGCAGGCCGGGCACCCUGCUGCCCGUGUGGAAGCCCCUGAGCCCCGGGCUGGGCGACCAGGUAGCCAGGGCGGUGGUCUACUUCACCUGUCUCAUGUACAUGUUCCUGGGAGUGUCCAUCAUCGCAGACCGCUUCAUGGCCUCUAUCGAGGUCAUAACCUCACAGGAGAAGGAGGUGACCAUCACCAUGCCAAGCGGAGAGACGUCUGUGGCCACUGUACGCAUCUGGAACGAGACGGUGUCCAACCUGACUCUGAUGGCUCUAGGCUCCUCCGCCCCAGAGAUCCUGCUGUCGGUCAUAGAGGUGUGUGGACACGGGUUUGAGGCGGGUGAGCUGGGCCCUGGCACCAUCGUGGGCAGCGCUGCCUUCAACAUGUUUGUGAUCAUCGCCAUCUGUGUGUGGGUCAUCCCUGAAGGAGAGACCAGGAAGAUCAAACACCUGCGCGUGUUCUUCAUCACAGCCUUCUGGAGUAUCUUCGCCUAUAUCUGGCUCUUCCUCAUCCUCUCUGUCAUCUCACCCGGAGUAGUGGAGGUGUGGGAGGCCCUGGUCACCCUGCUCUACUUCCCAGUGUGUGUGAUCCUGGCCUGGAUCGCCGACCGACGCCUGCUUUUCUACAAGUACAUGGCCAAGCGUUACCGCGCCGACAAGCACGGCAUCGUCGUGGAGACGGAGGGGGACACAACUCCGAAAGGCUUCGAGAUGAUUAUGGACGGAAGGUUCCCACCAAGGGGAGGGGCGGUGGGAAUGAUGCCCAGUGAGAACUGCCAGGAUGGGGCCAACAAUGUGGCGGGCACCGUGGCCUACCUGCCCAACUCCAACAGCACCAUGGUGACCGUAGAGAAUGCCAAGGAGCUGGACGAGAGCCGCAAGGAGGUGAUCCGCAUCCUGAAGCAGCUGAAGCAGAAGUUUCCGGACAAGGAGCUGGAUCAGCUGGUAGAUCUAGCCAACUACUACGCCCUCCUCCAUCAACAGAAGAGCCGCGCCUUCUACCGCAUCCAGGCUACGCGCAUGAUGACCGGUGCCGGCAACGUGCUCAAGAGGCAUGCCGCCGACCACUCCCGCCGCGCCGCCGCCGUGGACGAGGAAGUGGUCUGCGAGGACGACGACCUGGCUGAGUGCAGCCGCCUGGCGUUCGAGAGCACCCACAGCCAGUGUAUGGAGAACUGCGGCGUACUGAGGCUGGCUGUGGUGUGUCAAGGGGGCCUGGGGGAGAGCACCUUCUACGUGGACUACCGGACCGAGGACGGCUCGGCCAACGCCGGGUCUGACUACGAGUACAGCGAGGGAACGCUGGUGUUCAAACCCGGAGAUACCCGCAAGGAGAUCAAGGUCGGCAUCAUCGAUGAUGACAUCUUCGAGGAGGACGAGCACUUUUUCGUGCGGCUGCUCAACUUGCGCAUCGGUGACGCCGAGGGGAUGUUCGAGAGUGAUGAGCCAGGCGCGAGACCCAAGGGUCGCCUGGUGGAGCCACUGGUCGCCACGGUGACCAUCCUGGACGACGACCAUGCUGGAUUCUUCACAUUCCGUAAUCGGCUGGUGCGCGUCAGCGAGAGUGUUGGCACCAUGGAGAUCUCAGUGGUGCGGAACUCGGGCGCCCGCGGCACGGUGAUCCUGCCCUAUCACACGGAGGAGGGCACGGCGAAGGGGGGCGGCGUGGACUACGAGGACACCCAGGGAGAGCUGGAGUUCUCCAACGACCAGACAACUCAGACCCUGCAGGUGAGGAUCAUUGACGAUGAGGAGUAUGAGAAAAAGGAGAACUUCUUCAUCGUACUAGAGGAACCACGCUGGCUGAAGAGGGGAAUCUCAGCCCUUCUGCUCAACCAAGAGGAUCCUGAUGGCCAGAUGAGUGCAGAGGAGGAGGAGGCGAGGCGCAUUGCAGAGAUGGGAAAGCCCAUCUUGGGGGAGCACAGCCGGCUGGAGGUGGUCAUUGAGGAGUCUUAUGAGUUCAAGAGCACCGUUGACAAGCUCAUUAAGAAGACCAACUUGGCCCUUGUGAUUGGCACUCACUCCUGGAGGGAGCAGUUCGUGGAAGCUGUGACUGUCAGCGCAGGGGAUGGUGAUGACGAUGACGAGGAGGGGCGUGAAGAGCGUCUGCCAUCCUGCUACGACUACGUCAUGCACUUUCUGACGGUGUUCUGGAAGGUUCUGUUCGCCUUCGUUCCGCCCACCGAGUACUGGAAUGGCUGGGCCUGCUUCUUCGUGUCCAUCUCGGUCAUCGGUAUCUUGACUGCCAUCAUCGGGGACCUGGCCUCCCACUUUGGCUGCACUGUGGGCCUCAGGGACACUGUCACUGCUGUGGUGUUUGUGGCUCUUGGCACCUCUAUUCCUGACACGUUUGCCAGCAAGGUGGCGGCCACGCAGGACCAGCACGCUGACGCGUCGGUGGGCAACGUGACUGGCAGCAACGCGGUCAACGUGUUCCUGGGCAUCGGGGUGGCGUGGUCGGUGGCGGCCGUCUACUGGAAGGUGCAGGGCAAGGAGUUCCGCGUGGACCCUGGCUCCCUGGCCUUCUCCGUCACCCUCUUCACCAGCUUCGCCUUCAUCUGCAUGGGCGUGCUGCUGUUCCGCCGGCGGCCCUCUAUCGGGGGGGAGCUGGGCGGGCCGCGGACAGCACGCAUCAUCACCAGCCUCCUCUUCCUGGGCCUCUGGUUCCUCUACGUCCUCUUCUCCAGCCUGGAGGCCUACUGCCACAUAGAGGGCUUUUAGAGGACACAUGAGAGCAGAGACAGGGCUACUAGUCAAAACACUGAUAUACAUUAUAGUUAUUAUAAUACACACAUCUACAACAGGACAGGGCCCAGGCCAAAGGUUGGGACCUGGUCAUUAUCACUGGAUCGCUAAUACCUAAGGGAUCUGUAGACAUACCCGAUAUACACAUACACACACACACACUUACAUACAGACACAUACACACACGUAUUGAAACAUGAACUGUAUAUAUAACUACAUGCAUGCACAAACAAAUGCACACGUGGUCUCUCACCAAGACCAACACACACAUACAGCACUGUAACAAGGGCACCACACAGGUUGCGUGUGGCCUGGAUCCUGGAUGACACCCAGUUAACAUCAACCUCCUAUUGCACACUCAAGUGUUAUACACACUCACUGGACAAACGAGGAAGAGAAGGAGAGAAAAGAAAGUAUUGGUCAAGGAAGUGACGAAGGAAGUAAGACUGGAGAGAUUUCAAAGGAAGCAUGUUCAGAAUGUAAACCAGCAUGUCGUAAAAGAGGGAGAGUGAAGGAGAGAAAGAGACAGACAGGUGUGUAGAAACUAAGUGUUGCAGUGGCAUUCUAUUCAUUCCGGCUGACUGCGUAACAUGGUUUUGGGUCCAGACUGCUUUAAUUGAAGCAGGGUCGAGUGCCGUGUGUUUUGCAGGGUGGGCCGUAGCUCCGUCAUUGUUGCAGGGAAGGCGAACUAGACUCGAUCCACUCGACUCAAUCCAUGUCUGUGUGGCCUUAAAGCAGUACCCUUUCAUUGGGGGUUCCUUUUCAAAGGCAGAAUCCACACACGUAGAAGCUGUGGUGGAAAAAGUACUCAACUAUCAUACGUGAGUAAAAGUCAAGAUACCUUAAUAGAGAAUGACUUGAGUAAAAGUCACCCAGUAAAAUACUACUUGUUCUAAAAGUAUCUGGUUUUAAAUGUACUUAAUGUACAGUGGUGCAAAAUGUACUCAAUUGUCAGACUUGAGUAAAAAUUUAAAAAAGUGAAAGUAAAUGCUAUACAUCAAAUUCCGUAUAUUAAGCAAACCAGACCGCACAAUUUUCUUUUUCUUUCUUUUUAUUUUCGGACAGCCAGGGGCACACUCCGACAUCGUUUAAAAAACGUAGUAUUUGUGUUUAGUGAGUCCGCCAGAUCAGAGCGAGUAGAGAUGAUAAUGUGUUAUAUUGAUAGGUGCGUGAAUUGGACCAUAUUACUGUCCUGCUUUUGGGUGUCAGGGAAAAUGUAUGGGAGUAAAAAGUCCCCCAAAAAUUAGGAAUGUUGUGGAGUACAAGUAAAAGUUGUCAAAAAAUAGUAAUGUGCAGAUACCCCAAAAACUAGUAGUACUUCAAAGUAUUUUUACAAAGUUACUUUACACCACUGCGUAGUAGUGGAAUGGGUCCAUCUUCAGUCGCUAUGACAGAGCACCAUGAAAAUGGUUGAUUAAUGAGUAGUAUGUUUACAUUUAGCAAUGGGAGAUAAAACAACAACAACAAAACUGAAAGUCCCAAGUUGCCGUUACUGUAUGGUUUCCCAUACAGGGGAGGUGGGAUUUACGUAUGACAUUGAAACAAGCUCUCAAUUCUGUGUUGGUGUAAAUACAAUAGGAGUGUAUAUGUAUUUGUUAGAGGGGCUUCUCUACAGAUAUGGUGGGAUGGGGUGGCCAAUAAUAGAUAUAAUGCAUGGGGUUCAGAAACUAGUCACCACUGUCUUACUUCACAGGAAAAUGACUUUUGCAGGUAGCUUGUGUAAAUUAUGGCUCCGAGAUGAGGUAUCAUCCUGUCUCAUAACCACAAUCCCCAUCCAUCGAACUAUAACAUAGAGUCGAUCCAGAGGGAUUAAAUAUAAAUGUGCCUCCUCAUCUGUGGACUUCUGAAUGAAGGGAAGACCGAGUUUCUGGAGGCACGACUCUGAAUAACGAAAGUCUCACACCCAGCUCUUGAGGCUCUUACUGUUGUGUCUCACUGGACUUCAGAUCAUAGAUCUGCAUUCCACUCCAGCAGACAGUAGAGUCCUCCAUCACCAUCAUGUUUGAGACGUUGUACAUUUUGAAUGACCUUUCGCAAACACAAUGAGAGUGAAAUGAUGAUUUAGCAAUGCAGGCACGUUGAUGGUGUAAAUAUUAUUUGAUGUUACUGUCCAAGGGUGAGUUACUAUCCACUGAAGCUCAGCACAAAGCGACACAAUCUCCUAGAAUGUCGAAUGCUACGACAAGAGUGUAUCGCUAUCUGACAUAUACUUUUCAAAAACGAUCCUUUACCUGAAUACAGGUAUAAAGUCAAACCUUUACAUCUAUAUAGUGUAUCCCUUUGGCUCCAUGCUUGCUCAGUGGACAGUAACUAUUCAUCAUUCUUUGGUGGAUGAAAAGGUAAAAGCAGAGAGGGGUGGUGAGGUUGAGGGUAGCGUUUGUUUGGUCCAAAAGUUAUCCUAUGUGAGGAUAUUGGCCACCUGUGUAGGACUUCAGGACCGACAGAGUUCUGUACCGUGAUGUUUAUAUUGUUGUUCAUUCAAUCGAAAUCUGUCAAUAUUUGUGGGGGGAAAAAAACACGUUGUUCAUUUGUGAUACUUGUGAUACUAUAGUGGAGCACCUUUUUAGGUAUGGAGGGCUUGUAAACCCUCUGCUGUGGAAUACUGGGUAGAGAUGCAUGACAUGACAGAAUAAUAGUGACAGCACAGCACCGGCAUGGACAAAAAAUAUAUAAUGCAUGGGUGGUGACAAGAGAAUAGUGUUUGUCUUUUAUGUGAGAAAGCAGAAGGUCCAGACUGCAGCCAGACCUGUGAAGAGCAUACAGACUGCCUCUGCUCCUCACCUGUUUACAGUAAAGGCUGCCCUGAGAUCAGCUCAACCCAACCCCAGCUAAUUGGCCCCAAGUACAGCAACACUGGCCCACCAUCAGUACUUAAGACCAUGGCAUAUAAAUUAUCUUAUUUUGGAGUGAGGCUUACAGUACAUCAAUUUGUCCAACAGUGUUGGUUCAAAUGCUCCUAUUCUUCUGUUUGUUUUUUUACCUUUUGAAAUCCCAAACCUCCCCGUUUGCUUGACAGUGAAACUGGGAUAGAUUACAUUUCAAACGGUGAGUUCUCAUCAGCUACAGACUGUUAUUCAGUAACUACUGAUCGUCGCUACUGUAAUUCUGCAUCAUACCCAUUUAAUGCCUUAAAGUCUAGUACUUACUAUUUAGUCAAAUUUGACUUGUCUUGUGUGUGCUUUGAGUGGGCAUCAGAAACCUAAUUGAUUAGUCUGCAAUAUGUGGAACCAGUCAGCAAUCUCUACUACUGAGUUAAGAAGAGUAGCAAGAGCUAAUAUGAUUACAUACAAACUGAAAUAACAUCUUCUUGAAAGAUCAACUUAGCGAUACUGUAUUUACUCUGGAUCUGACUCUACCAUAUAAUAUAUUGUUACCCCUGCCCCAAUCUCAAUGAGAUGAAAGUGCAAUUAAUAAGAUAGUGGGAGAUGGGGAGGGGUAUUGAACUUUUACAAGACUGUCCAUGGUCCUUACAUGUGGUUCAAUCACCUGACUUACUGAGUUGCUAAGAAAACAUGUGGAAUAACAGAAGAGAACAAGGCUGACACAAAAUGGAGGUGGGUUUAUCUCAGUAUUGCCAGGUGUUCUGAAGUGAAUAUGGAGACAAUAGGACACAGCAGUGAGGCUCUGAGUUAAUAUGCUGCACAAUACUAGAGACGGAUGUUAUAUCGUAUGGGAGUUUUCCCCACUUAUUUUACAGUUCAGGAUACUUGGAACUCUAGUUGAACUGUAGAGUUGUCCAUCAGUGCAACCAGUGAGAACGAUUAACAUUUAAAUAUUACAAAUGCAAACAAUGGAUUAAAAAGGUAAUGACAUUUUGGAAGUUAAGUGAGUAAACAAAUUGACCCAAUCAAAACUAUAGAUUUAUUGGUUCAAAUAGUAAAGGCUCACUUGAGAAUAGUCAUGUAUAAAUAUGCUUAUUGUUGCUUGUAUAACAUAUAUAAUAUCAACAAAGAUUUCAGUUACCUUGGCCCUCAGUGUUUCCCCAGUCUUUGUCAACUUUUGAAAAUAAACGUCUCUUCAGAUUAUGUUGAUAAUGCUGGAAGCACCAUAGACGUAGACCCAAUGGUUUAGGAGGGUAAUUAAAGAGACAUUUAGAUAUUUCUCUAAUUGUUCAAUUUGAAGACAAAUUUCCCCUUGAACUAGUCAUUUGAUGUAGCACAAACUACAUGUACAUUUCUGUUGCCCAGAUUAUUUAAUUUAUUUAUAUUUAUUAAUAAUAUUUUAUUGUUCAACGGCUCCUUGAAGCAAACCCUUUGAACUGUUCCGAUGCUUCAAAGAGAGUGGGAGCAAUGUGCAAUAUAAAGCUGACUCUUCUUCGCUUUCAUCUUAAUGAGCAGUCAACUCGGCUCACUCGGUGGGAGUGAAACACUUAUUUUCUCCAGUGUUUGUUGCGCCCUCGGCCAACCAACAGAUUUAUUUAAUUCACUUGAGAUUAGCAUGUUUACAUACAAAUUUGUAAUGGACAUUCCAAUGAACCUUGUCAGUUUGUUCAGGGUUGUUAUACAUAGGAUGACAUUUUACAGGGCCUUUACUGUGGUCAUUGGGUUGGUUAUGACGUACUUUUUCCUGAAUUGAACUGUCUACAAUGUUCAGACAAUGUUCAGUGUUUCAAUGACUUCUAUUUAACUAUCUGGCCUUUGCCAUUGCUGUAGAUCAGAUAUCACUCCCAGAUGUUUUAUGUGUUGUAAAUGCCAUCCUAUGUGCAAAUGCAUGAACAUUGUGUGUUAGCAUGGUCUGUUAAGGACAUCUAGGUUUACAUUUGGAUCGGGUUAUCCCAAAACAGUUUUUGGCCUGUGUGGCUGCUUGCGUGGUCUGCUCGCGCUUGCAACAAACUGAGCAAUGUCGACUUGGUCGAGCAGCAGGUGAAUUGUCAUUUUUUGAUUACGUGUUAACAGUCUACUUACUUAAUUCACCACCUAUAAAAGCUGUGAAAAGAAAGCCUGACUUUUCCCGUCUAUGUCUGAAUGUCUCUGAUCAUUUGGUUGUCAGUUUGUUGGAGUUUGAUAUUUCUGUGUCUGUGUCCGUGCCCCUCAACUUUCUGUAUUGGGGUGAACCACCCCAGGUCUUGCUCUUCAAUGUGUACUUGGUGCAGUUUUAUCUGUGAACCUUUCUCUCUGCCUGACAUUUGUAUGGAAUAGUGACUGACUUAAAGAAGAUAUGUGAUAUUUACAUUUAUUCAAUACUGUAAUAAAUGAUUUGAAAAUUAUAUUACAUUUUUUAAAUGAAAGGAUAAAACAAAGGAAAAGAAAUGAAACUUGUUUUGGAGAACCUAUGGCAUGAGGUGUAAUGUGUUCUGAAAAAACAACUAUGUAAUCAACUCAAGUUAACCUUAUUGAAUAUAGUUUAUUUAUUUUCAACGCU